ACCUUUUAUUCACAAAGUAAUUUGUCUCUUUCUCAAAAUCUAUCUCAAAGCAAGUGCCUUCUCUUCAUUUAUAGUGGGAUUCGAUUACAGAAGACAGAGACAGAAACGUCUAUGGAAGAUUGUUAGCUAAUUGUAAUCUAAAGAGAGAGAGAUAGAGAUGGGAGGUUGCGUGUCGACACCAAAGAGCUGUGUGGGAUCAAAGCUGAGGAGGUCAAGUAAGCGAAGGAAGAGUCGUAAAAGACGAAAGCUUCAAAGGAAGAGAGCUGCCGCAGCCUCUUCUCGUCUCUCUGACAACAAUCUCGAUCAUCCUCGCAGCAGCAACCUCCCAACUCCCAGUUUCAGAGCAAGUGGAGAAGAAGCAUGGUUUGAAUCCAAUGUAGCCUUUGAAACAGAUUGUGAUGAUGAUUUCCACAGCGUCAAUGAAGAUAACUUGUCUGGAGGUGAGCUUUCAUCAGUUUCUAGUACUACGACUACCACAUCAUCAACAGGAGAAUCUGACUCAAACUCAAACGAAUCCAUGUCACCGUCGAAAUUAGACGACACAAACCAGCCUGAUUCCAUAGACUCAUCAUCUGAAGAUGAAGGAGGACACUUGCCGAGUAACUGUUUGCCUUGUCUGAAUCCUAUAAGUGUUGUUCCUUGUGUUGAAAAAGGAAGGUCUCUUAGCGCUAGUCCUCCAAGUUCCAGGAAAAAAACGUCUCUUAGACUUUCUUAUAAAUGGAGAGAAGGUCAUGCUUCAGGGGCCUUGUUUCUUUCUAAACUACAGUUGAAGAGACCAGUAGCAGGUUCUCAGGUUCCUUUCUGUCCAAUCGACAAGAAAAUUCUAGAUUCUUGGACGACAAUCGAGCCAAAUAGCUUCCGUGUUCGUGGCAAAACUUAUCUAAGGGAUAAGAAGAAAGAGUUUGCAGCUAGCCAUGCUGCGUAUAAUCCUUUUGGUGUCGAUGUUUUCUUAUCAGAACAUAAAAUAAACCAUAUUGCACAAUAUGUCAAGCUUCCUGUUACUACCACAUCCACAAAACUCCCAUCUCUACUUGUUGUUAAUGUUCAGCAGAUUCCAUUGUAUCCAACUACAAUCUUUCAAGGUGAAACUAAUGGAGAAGGAAUGAAUAUUGUUUUAUACUUCAAACUUUCGGAUAAUUAUUCAAAGGAACUUCCUCUUCACUUUCAAGAAAGUAUUCAGAGAUUAAUAGAUGACGAGGUUGAGAAAGUUAAAAGCUUCCCUAUGGAUGCAACAGCGCCUUUCAGAGAUCGCCUUAAGAUAUUGGGACGUGUUGCCAAUGUAGAUGAUCUGCAUAUGAGUGGUCCAGAGAAGAAGCUGAUGCAGGCUUACAACGAGAAGCCUGUUCUUUCGCGUCCACAGCACGAGUUCUACUCGGGUGAAAAUUACUUUGAGAUUGAUAUUGAUAUGCAUAGAUUCAGUUAUAUAUCCCGGAAAGGGUUUGAAACAUUCAUCGACAGACUCAAGAUCUGUGUUCUUGAUGUUGGUCUCACAAUUCAGGGGAACAAACCAGAGGAGCUACCAGAGCAGAUUUUGUGUUGUGUCAAGCUAAAUGGGAUUGAUUUCAUGAACUAUCAUCAGUUAACUCAAGAACUCUUAUAA